AGACAACUGAUGCGGCGCUUCGAAAUGAGUUUCUCGCGUAGCUCUGGUUGAAGUAGUUGUCCACACGACCUCUCCGUUGCGAAGACAGUCGUAUCCAGCCAAGUUCCCCAAAGCUCAACAGCCAAACUUUAUCGCUCGCUAUGGAUUGUUUUACGAACCACGUUGGAGAAACCAAGAGCAUCGUCGAGUUCACUAUCAAUGGAUUGCCUUAUACAGUCACCGGAGAUAUACCACCUGGAACCUCCCUAAACGUUUUUAUUCGCGACUAUGCGAGGCUUCGAGGGACCAAAGCUAUGUGCCACGAGGGUGGUUGUGGUGUUUGCAUCGUGGCUGCGGAUGUCAAGGGAGAGACAAUGUCCGUCAACUCCUGCUUAGUGCCAGUUCUCAUCUGCAAUGGCUGGGCUAUCAAGACCAUCGAGGGCUUGGGCGACAAAAAAAAGGGCUACCACACGUUGCAAGCUGCAUUGGCAAGUAAAAAUGGCUCUCAGUGUGGAUAUUGUUCUCCUGGCAUGGUAAUGAAUAUGUACAGCCUUAUGCAGGGUAAACAGCUGACCAUGAAAGAGAUAGAAAAUUCCUUUGGCAGCAAUAUUUGUCGUUGCACAGGUUACAGGCCAAUCCUGGACACCUUCAAGGGCUUCGCUGUGGAUGCGACAAAGGAGCUCGCGAAAGACAUUCACGACAUAGAAGAGUUGUACAAGAUAAAGAUAUGCAAAAAGACUGGUCAACCUUGUGAAACUGGUAGCAAUGGUUGUGCAACUAUGUUAAAUGCAAAAAGCAGGAUCGACAUGACGUUGGAUGGGUCGCAGUUUCACAAGCUCUUGGGAAUUGAUGAUUUGUUCCAAGUAUUUAAAGAACAUCCCGACGCUACUUACGUCCUGCACGGUGGAAAUACUGCGCAUGGCGUUUACCGAUUAAAAGUGCCAGACAUGUACAUAGAUAUAAACGAUAUCCCAGAGCUACGUCGCAUAAACAAAACGGACACGUCCUUGACCGUUGGCAGUAACGUUUCCCUCACAGUGGCAAUGGAGAGUUUUAGGAAAUAUUCCAAAGAAACAAACUUUCAGUAUUUGCAACAUUUGGCCAACCACAUCGACCUAAUCGCCAGCGUUCCCGUGAGAAACAUUGGAUCCCUUGCUGGAAACCUAAUGAUAAAGCAUCAAUACCACGAGUUUCCCUCGGAUCUUUUCCUGAUGCUCGAAACUGCAGGGGCGCAGCUACAUAUAGUGGAAGCAGGUGGCAAGAAGACCAGCCUCAGUCUCCUGGACUUCCUCCAGUUCGACAUGAAACACAAGAUCAUAUACAGCAUCGUCCUGUUCCCCCUCGGUAGCGAAUACGAGUACAGAUCCUUCAAGAUAAUGCCACGAGCACAAAAUGCCCAUGCUCAUGUAAACGCUGGGUUUCUGUUCAAAUUGGACGGAGCUGGCAAGGUCUUGGAGAAACCAAACAUCAUAAUUGGUGGAAUACGCGAGACCUUUCUACAUGCAACUCAAACGGAGAACUUCCUGGUUGGCAAGAACAUCUUGAACAAGGACGUAGUUAGGGAAGCCAUACAAAAGCUAGACAGCGAACUGCACCCUGAUCAUGUGCUGCCCGAUUACACUCCAGCAUUCAGGAAGACGCUUGCGGAAGGACUCUUUUUCAAGUUCAUCCUUGGUAUCAAGCCAGAAAGCCUGGAUGCUAAGAUACGCAGCGGUGGACCUCUCCUACAAAGGGGAUUGUCGUCUGGAAAACAGGACUAUGACACAGAUAAGAAUAUCUGGCCUUUGAACCAACCAUUGCCAAAAAUGGAGUCCGUGUACCAGACAUCAGGCGAGGCACAGUACGUAAACGACGUUCCUCCUCUGUCGAAUGAAGUCUUCUGCGCGUUUGUUCUCACCACGGUGCCUAAUGGGAGGGUGGAGAGCAUCGAUCCUUCGGAAGCACUGAAAAUGAAAGGAGUAGUGGCCUUUCUUUCCGCCAGCGACAUCCCUGGGAAGAACGCGUUCAUCCCUAAGGAUGCUCAGCAACCGAUGAUGUCCGACGAUGAAGUGUUAUUCGUGGACAAGAAAAUCGAGUAUGCUGGCCAGCCUGUUGGAGUGAUCGUAGCCACUACGCAUGCGCUUGCAAACGAAGCUGCAGGAAAGGUGCGCGUCUCUUACGCAAACGUGAAUUUAGAGGAGAUGGUGCUGACGAUCGAGGAUGCUAUCGCCUCGAAUGACCAGUCCAGGCUGCAGGAAAUGGUCAACGUUACGGCAAAGACCAAAGGAAACGACACUAAGCACGUGAUAAGAGGGACCUUCCGAUGCGGUAGCCAGUACCAUUAUACCAUGGAGUCUCAGAGCUGCGUGUGCGUCCCCAUCGAAGACGGAUUGGACGUCUACCCGUCGACACAGUGGAUGGAUCUAACUCAAGUAGCCAUAGCCUCGGUUCUAGCUGUGCAGAACAAUAGCAUAAACGUGAACGUGAGGCGACUAGGUGGCGGCUAUGGAGCAAAGAUAUCGCGCAACACGCAGAUAGCUUGCGCGUGUGCCUUGGUUGCUUACAAGCUGAACCGACCAGCACGCUUCGUCAUGUCCAUAGAGAGCAAUAUGAUAGCGAUUGGCAAGCGGUACGACACUCGUCAGGAGUACGAAGUUGGCGUGGACGAGAACGGGCGUAUUCAGUACCUGAACUCGCAGCAAUGGGGCAACGCUGGUUCCAACUUGAACGAGGUCCACGCGCCCAUCUUGGCGAUGCACUUGGGAAGCUGUUACGACACCAGUACCUGGACGUACAAGGGUUUCGAGGCCAAAACCGAUCUACCAUCCAACACUUACUGUCGAGCACCUGGCUCCACGGAAGCCGUUGGCAUGACAGAAAACCUGAUGGAGCACAUAGCGAAGAUGAUCAAUAAAGAUGCGUUGGAAGUGAAGCUGCAGAAUAUGGACGCCACUCACAAGAGCAUGCUGCAACCCAUGAUAGAGGAACUUACCAAGAACGCGGACUAUCAGAUGAGGAAGAGAGCCGUGGAAGCUUUCAACAGCGAGAACCGAUGGAAGAAGAAGGGGAUAUCCAUAACGCCCAUGAUGUAUCCCUUCAUGUUGUGGGGACAGUUCAACGCGCACGUUUCGAUUUUUGCUCGCGAUGGGACCGUCUCCAUCGCACACGGCGGAAUCGAAUGUGGUCAGGGCAUCAACACAAAGGUGGCUCAAGUAGCAGCGCACACCUUGGGAAUUGAUUUGUCAUUGGUCACAGUUAAACCAAGCAAUAAUUUAACAGCGCCCAAUGGCUCUGUCACGGGUGGCAGCGUGACCAGCGAGAGUUGCGCCUAUGCUACGAUGAAGGCGUGCCAAGAACUUACAAAGAGAUUGGAGCCUAUCAAGAACGAGCUGAAGAACCCUUCUUGGAAAGAAUUGGUGAUGGCUGCGUAUCAGAAAGACGUUGACCUGUGUGCACGUUACAUGUUUACCGUGAAAGACGAUAUAAAGCCUUACGCGAUCUAUGGAGUGACGAUAGCGGAGGUUGAGAUCGACGUAUUAACUGGCCAACACAUUGUACAUAGAGUAGACAUAAUGGAGGACGCUGGAAUUAGUAUGAAUCCAGAGUUGGACCUGGGCCAGAUAGAAGGCGCGUUCGUGAUGGGACUCGGAUAUUGGACUUCAGAAGAAUUAUUUUACGAUCCUAAAUCUGGCCAACUGACGAAUUACAGAACCUGGAAUUACAAGCCACCUGGGGCAAAGGACAUUCCGGUCGAUUUCCGUGUAUAUUUUCGACGAAAUGCACCGAAUCCUAUGAGCACGCUUCGCUCGAAAGCAACUGGUGAACCGCCUCUCUGCAUGAGUUGUGCAGUACCAAUCGCACUUCGUAACGCCAUCGAUUCAGCAAGGAGGGAUGCUGGAAACAACGAUCCGUGGUAUCAAUUGGAUGGUCCCGUUACCACAGAGAAGAUAUUGCUAAACAGUUUAACUUGCAAGGAGCAAAUGGUGCUUUGAAAUACGCGUUUAUAUUUUAAAUAAGAUCAAAUAAAACUGUUACUAUUAAAUCCCGAAUUUCCCAUCUCUGGUACGACUACCACCUAGUUCUUAGGAGAUAUAAUAAAUACCCUAAAAGAACAGUC